ACUUGACUACUACCGUAUUGGCGCCUAAAUAGAUAUCUACUUAAUUAACGACUGCACACAGAAUAAGUGGGAUUUUUGCUCUGCACAGUUGAAGUUGAUAAAAUAAGCUUAGCUUCAAAUGCAGUGAAUAUAGGAAAUUAAUGAAUUGAGCAAGCAGUCUGAAUUGAAAGGUCAAUAAACCUGAUGAUUACAAAUAUUUAUCGUGUGCUUCCUAAAUCACCAUCCAUUGAACAAACACAGGAAAGUGCAAGUAAAUGUGAGAUAUCUGCAGCAGGUAUUGAAUAAAAUGAAUUGGCGCAAAUACUCGUAAACAUCGUUAGUAUUACCAACUGAAAUUCAAGUUCGACAAACUAAGGCGUGCAUACAUUUGCAGAAAAAGAUUUUAGUUUAAAGUCAAGUUAUUCAUGUUCAAGAUUGCGCCAAGCCUAACAUAAGCAUAAAGAGGACUCUUGUACACUCAGACUCACGGCUUCAUUGCAUUAUAUUGACACUUCAUACGAAGGGAUGUUUAUGAACUUUCUGGUUGCGAUCAUAAAUUAAAAAACUCCAAAUCAACUCGAAAAUUUGUGAUCACACAUUGAAGUGUUGUUAUAUUGUGGUGUUUGCACUCAGCCAGAUGUAAAAUGUUAGCGACUGUAAAAUGUAGUCUUUAUACAAUUGUAGUUGGUAUAUUAUCUAUUAGAAUAAGUGCUUACGAGACUUCAGUGCCUGUAAUGCAUGCUACAAAAAUACUUACGGACUUACCACAUACACAUAUUUUCAAUAAACCGCCUUCAACUAUAUCUCAUGAUACAAUCAGUAAUACUCACAUUCAAUCACAAUGGUUAAGUUCAACAACAAAAACUUCAGAAAGUCUUGAUAAUGCACAGAAACCAUACAGUCCGCCUGAAAGCAGUAAAGUUAUGGAUGCACACAAUGAUUACCACAACAUUCAGGAUACUUCCACAAAUAAUUAUUCAGCUAUCUUUUCGGAAGCUAUACCAGCAGUAGAAUUACCUCCUAACGCACUCAUAACUAUUCCAAAGCAAGUAGUUCCCGUUUGGACGGAGAAUAUAACACGCGUAGGAAGAAAACGAAAUUAUAAGUAUAUACCUUUAAGUGCAGAUGUGAGUAACAACGUAAUCUUAACUGGAUUGAAAUACAAACGCAAUAACUCCUUAAAUUUUCAAUCCGCAAUUGAAUCUAAUGAAAAUCUUAAUUCGGAAUUAACUGAGCGCAGUGACAAAAUCAUAACAUCGGAUAGGAUAGAUUUUUCAGGAGAUAACUUAAGUAAACGAAUAGACUUUCACUCUCCUAGUUACAGCCUGAAAAGUGCGAGUUCGUUUCAGCCGGAAUCAUAUCGUGAAGAUAAUCCUAUUUUAAGUGAAAUACCGAUAUAUGAAAAUCCAUAUAACGAUGAUUUUUCUUCUAUGCCCUCUAAUAAAGAAACUAGAAACACACGUCAACUUAUAUUCGAAACUGACCCCAGUCAUAUUUCACAUAAUAUUGAAUUUCCUGGUAAAAGUGUAAAUACUAAACCACAUACUUUAAAUAGUGCAAAUGGUGGAGCCAAAAUUUUUUAUGAAGACGUGACAAAAUUUGGUGAUGUUAAUGGUCCCAUAACUGCAUUGCCUCAGCAUUCGAAACGAAUAAAUUUUUUUGGUGAAGCUGAAAUAUUGGGCGGUCCUCCCCGACAAUUUGUGCCUACAAAAGCAUUGAAUGAGUUUGUAGGCUUAAACAAUUUUCAAAACGUACGCAAAAGUCGAUACUUUCCAUUCAAGUCAUCCCGUAGUCCACGCGUAAUAUUCCCGACAAAUGAUAAUGCCAGCCCUACCGGCUCUGGAUCUGCCUCUGGACCAGGUACAGGAAUAGGUGUUUAUUUCAACGACAAUGUCGCAUUUAGAGACCAAAACUUUGGCUUGAAUGAAUUAGCUGCUAUACAAGAUGUGCGAAACGAAUUUAAUUUAAAGGAUUUGGAUUCAGCUACUGAAACUAGCACACCCCAUUCCGCAAAUACAUUCAAAGAAAAAGUCGACAUAACUACAGAACUACAAUGCCAACAUCGUGGUGGAACUUGUGAAUUUUUUUUGACCUGUUGGAUGAGUGGAGGCCUUUUACAAGGCACUUGCGAUGGAUUACUACGUGGAUGUUGUCAUCGAACAGCAAAGUCAAUAAAUUUGCUUACUUCGGAUUAUGUAGGUGAUACGAUCGACUUAACUGAUCUUCCAUUAAAAAACUAUGGACCAAUUAAAAAUGAUGCUAGUUGUGGUAUCUCUUUAGCCAAACAAACUGCCCAGAGAAGAAUUGUUGGUGGAGACGACGCGGGAUUUGGUUCUUUUCCUUGGCAAGCAUACAUUCGAAUUGGGUCUUCUAGAUGUGGUGGAUCAUUGGUGUCGCGACGUCAUGUGGUGACAGCUGGACAUUGUGUUGCUCGUGCGAUUUCACGACAGGUGCACGUAACUCUUGGCGACUAUGUUAUUAACUCGGCAGUUGAACCAUUACCUGCAUAUACAUUUGGAGUUCGUCGUAUAGAUGUUCAUCCGUAUUUUAAAUUUACUCCACAAGCUGACAGAUUUGAUGUCUCAGUGCUUACAUUGGAAAGACCGGUACAUUUCAUGCCGCAUAUAGCGCCGAUUUGCUUGCCUGAAAAAAACGAAGACUUUCUCGGUAAAUUUGGUUGGGCAGCAGGUUGGGGUGCUUUAAAUCCUGGUUCACGUCUACGUCCAAAAACUUUACAAGCUGUGGAUGUUCCAGUCAUAGAAAACAGAAUUUGUGAAAGAUGGCAUCGACAAAAUGGCAUCAAUGUUGUGAUAUAUCCAGAAAUGAUGUGUGCUGGAUAUCGAAACGGCGGAAAGGACUCAUGUCAGGGUGACUCUGGUGGUCCAUUAAUGAAUGAAAAAAAUGGCCGGUGGUAUUUAAUUGGUGUAGUAUCUGCUGGUUAUUCCUGUGCUUCCCGUGGACAACCCGGUAUCUACCACCGCGUACCUUUUACGGUCGAUUGGAUAUCAUAUGUUGUCGGACUAACAGCAAAUUUAUAAAUCUGUUUG